AUUGCGACUCAAAAACUCUUCCUCCAGCAGGCCUGUCUUUUGUGACUUGCAGCACACCGAGAGGAUCAUAAGAUGAAGUUCGGAACGACGCUGCGCAAUGCCGUGUACGAGCCGUGGAGGGAGUCGUACAUUGACUACACCAAGCUCAAGAAGCUGUUGAGGGAGGACGACUCGAGCAGGAAAGACGACGCCUGGACCGACGAAGAUGCGCAAGCCUUCUACGCCGAGCUGGUCAACCACCAAUUGGAAAAGGUCACAAACUUCCACAAGUCGACCUACCAGAAGCUGCGCGACCGCACCGCCAAAUGCGAGUCCAAGCUGGACCCCGUCGCCAAAGCUGUCCAGGACAACGAUGCCUCGACCAAGAAGCCAGGCCCGUCGGACGGAGAGAGGAAGCGCAUCCUGAAGGAAGUGCUGGAGGAGCUGGACCGCAUCACAAAGGACAUCAACGAACUAGAAAAGUACAGCCGCAUCAACUACACGGGCUUCCUCAAGAUUGCAAAGAAGCACGACCGCAAGAGAGGAGGCCGCGUCUCGAGCAUCCGCCCACUGGUCAAGUCCAGGAUGGCCGACGUGCCCUUCAACACCGAAGACUACUCGCCGCUUCUCUACCGCCUGUCGGCCAUGUACUCGUUCGCCCGCCAGAACCUCGAGGGCAAGGACCGCCCCGUCUCGCUCGUCGACUCGAUUGCCGGCGAGGACAGCUACGUCACCCACAAGUUCUGGGUCCACAUGGACAACCUGCUCGAAGUCAAGACCAUCAUCCUCCGUCGUCUGCCUGUCCUUGUCUACAACCCUCAGACCGAGAAGGUCGCCGAGGGCACCCAGCAAGACCCUUCCAUCACCUCCAUCUACUUUGACAACCCCGACUUCAACCUCUACUCCAACAAGGUCGAGCACAAGACCGACGCCUCGAACCUCCGCUUGAGAUGGUACGGCAAGCUGUCGCAGAAGCCUGAGAUCAUGUUCGAGAAGAAGACGGUCAAGACCGAGAACUCCAGCGCCGACGAAAGAUUCCCCAUCAAGGACAAGUACAUCCAGCCCUUUAUCAAGGGCGACUACCACAUGGAGAAGGCCAUUGAAAAGCGUUCGUCCCGUCAAGUUUCUGCAGACGCCCUCGAGUCUUUCAAGCAGGGCAUCGACGACAUUCAGUCCUUCAUCAAGGCCAACGACCUGCAGCCCGUCCUCCGCGCAAACUACACUCGCACCGCCUUCCAGAUUCCCGGUGACGACAAGGUCAGGAUCUCCAUCGACACCAACCUCGCAUUCAUCAGAGAAGACGCCAUUGACCCUGACCGCCCAUGCCGUGAUCCCGAAGACUGGCACCGCAGAGACAUUGAUGACGCCGAGAUGGAGUGGCCUUUCAAGUCAGUUCGCAAGGGAGAGCUUGCCACCUUCCCCCAUGCCGUCCUCGAGAUCAAAGUCAAGAAUGACAAGAACUACGAAUGGAUCGACGACCUGAUGAACUCCCAUCUUGUCAAGGACGCCGCCAAAUUCUCAAAGUUCGUUCACGGUGUUGCUUCCCUCUUCGAAGACAAUGUCAACACUUUCCCCUUCUGGUUAUCUACACUCGAAGAGGAUAUCCGCCUAGAUCCCGAGGUAGCCUUUGAGAAGGAGCAAGCCAAGAAGCAGAAGAAGCAAGAAGACGAAAUGGCUGUUGGCAGUUUGAUCAAGAGCAAGAGCCUCUCGUCAUACAAACCUGGCAAGAUGUCGCCUGUGGGCUCCCCAACAGACAAGGGCAGCUAUCUUGAUCGUCGCGCGUCUCGCCAAAGCCAGACAUAUGCCGGCGCCCAAUCCCUUGGAAGCGUUGCUCGCUCUCAGCCUACCGGCAUGGCAGCCGUUGCCGAUGAGCCUGAUUCUGAUGAUGAUGGUCGCCAGGCUCACAACACCGAGAUCCCACAGGCUGCCACCCAGUCUGGUCUGCAAACACUCUUCCCAGCAUUCUCGACCUCCAAGUACGCCCGCAACCGCCGCGACCGCGAUCAGCCUCUUCCUCCUGGUGUUCAAAAGCCCGAGUACUGGAUCAAGGAUCAAGGUCCCGUCAAGGUCGAGGCUAAGGUCUGGCUUGCUAACCAGCGUACCUUCAUCAAAUGGCAGCACAUCACCGUCCUUCUCGCCUCUCUGAGUCUUGGUCUCUUCAACGCCGCUGGUGAGGAGAAUAAUGUCGCUCGUGCACUGGCUCUUGUCUACACCAUUGUAGCAGUCUUCACCGGCGUCUGGGGCUGGGGUGUUUAUCAAUGGAGAAGUCGCCUUAUCCAGCAAAGAAGUGGUAAAGACUUUGAUGCUCUUACUGGUCCUGUUGUCGUCUGUGUUGGUCUGUUUGUCGCUCUCAUCUUGAACUUCGCUUUCAAAUACCAGGAAAUGCGUGAGAAGACAAAACACCAUGGUCACGGACACGCUUUUAACCAAAGCCAGUCCAUGGAUGGCAUGGAUGAGUUGAAGUGAGUUUGAUCUUUGUGUUGAAGGGCGCCUCUACCGAUGUAAUUGAAUACCCGGCACCAUUGUCAGUGUCAAACGAGUCUCUGUUGUAGAGUAUUUGCCAAUGUUGCGGAAAAUAGCUGCUGUACAUUUUGUAUGUAGGAACGAUGUAAUAUUCAUCUCAACUUUUGCUACCGA